AUGUGCAGUUCCACUUGUGCAGGUCUAGCUUGUGGUUGCCUAACACCAUUUCCAGGCUGCCUAUUCUAUAGAGUUGCGCAAGUGCCGAAGAAUGAGGCAAUAUACCACAUAUUCAAGUGCGCCUCGUGGAAUCCUGAAAUCCACAUUUUGCUCGAAACAACCCUCACUGGAACCACAACGAGCAAUCCUCUUGCAGCUCCACCCAUACAUGGAUGGGACGUCAAGGUAACAUCACUGCAACAUAUCAUACAUGCCGCUCUAAGUAAGCGCUUCGCAGAAUCCGCAGCGGGAUUCAAAAUGCUAGGCGAUGCAUUCAAAAUCGCCGUCGAAUGUCCAGAUGAGAACACUGCUAGAAAACACUUCGCCAAUUGUUCAAAUGAGGUGGUUUGCUCGUGUAGUCACACAAUGGCGGCCGCACAAUGCGUCUGCCCUCAAAACAGUUUUCAGGAACCGCAGAACUCCACCACCAACUUGCCAGCCAUAGAGCCUCACCUAAACAUUACUGCUUCGGAAACAGUGAUGAUUGACACAGACGAUACCGAGGGUGCUACGACUGCUCGGAAGGAGCAAAAGCCACAGUGUACUGUCGCUCGGAUUCAUCCAGCGAAUAACACUGGAAUGCACAGACCAAACAUUCCUCAUCAACUGCUCAAAGCAGACACGGCAACAGACAUUAGUCCUUUUCUUGGCACGAUAACUAAGCACUGGAAAACAACUGCAGCAGUUAUCGGCGGUCUUGCAGUAAUCGGUCUACUCAUAUACGUCUUCGGACCCUCUAUAAUAAUCGCCAUAAUCCGUAUACUCACCAAUAUCAUCCUUGCACUCCCACGGUCCCUCUUGGAGUGCACCACUAAGACUAAAAACAAGAUAUUCCAUCUCGAGAAUAAGAUCGACACUAUUCUCACCAAUACUACUCCUCGUCAUCCAUGUAUUUUCUGUGAAGGUGACAAUGAAGACGGUCACCGCUCUUCUGCUUGCUCUGUAUUCCCUGAUCCAAUUGCUAGAUCGUUUCGUCUACGAGAUCUCAAUAGAUGCAUCUCGUGCCUUGCUCCCGCUCAUGGCCAAUGCUCGAACAAAUGUCGUGGUUGCGGAGGAACUCAUCAUGCUAUUCUCUGCACCGAGCGGUCAAAGCAAGGGCCGCCGCAGAAGCGACAAAGGCUCGAACACUAA